CCUAUGUAGUAAGCAGGCCGCCAUUUUGAUUUCGGCCCUGAUUUCGGAUUGGCCGAAGAGGGGCGGGCGAGCGAGCAGGAAGAAAGAAGGGAAGACGCCAUCUUAGGUGCGAGACGCAUUUCGUGUUCAGAAGCCCCCUUUUGUUUUACUUGACUUCGAAUAUGUCUAGCGGUGGAGUGAUCCGAGGUCCGGCAGGAAACAACGACUGUCGAAUCUACGUGGGGAAUCUGCCUCCUGACAUCCGCACCAAAGACGUCGAGGACGUUUUCUACAAAUACGGAGCGAUCCGUGAUAUCGACCUGAAAAACCGACGAGGAGGACCACCUUUCGCGUUUGUUGAGUUUGAAGACCCCAGAGAUGCAGAAGAUGCUGUGUAUGGAAGAGAUGGCUAUGACUACGAUGGCUAUCGUUUGCGGGUGGAGUUCCCCAGGAGUGGCAGAGGUGGGGGAAGAGGUGGUGGUGGAGGAGGUGGUGGAGCUGGGGCUCCAAGAGGCAGAUACGGCCCUCCGUCCCGGCGCUCCGAGUACAGGGUCAUAGUUUCAGGACUCCCUCCUAGCGGAAGCUGGCAGGACCUUAAGGAUCACAUGCGCGAAGCAGGUGAUGUAUGUUACGCUGAUGUUUUCCGAGAUGGCACCGGUGUUGUGGAGUUUGUGCGCAAAGAAGACAUGACCUACGCCGUGCGAAAGCUGGAUAACACUAAGUUCCGGUCCCACGAGGGCGAGACGGCUUACAUCCGCGUAAAGGUGGACGGCCCACGGAGCCCGAGCUAUGGGCGCUCGCGCUCUCGUAGCCGCAGCAGAAGCCGCAGUCGGAGCAACAGCCGUAGCCGCAGCUACUCGCCGCGCCGCAGCAGAGGAUCUCCACGUUACUCGCCCCGUCACAGCCGCUCUCGCUCCCGCACUUAAACUCCCACAAUACAGCUAGCUCUCCAACCACAACCACACACCCUGCGUCGCCCUCUGCUGGACCCACACUUGUACUUCAUCACCCUUAUGACUUGUUCCCUCAUUUCCCGAGUUGACGACGACUUAAUUUGGUUUGCAGCGGAAUUUUCCAGAAAUGAGUCUUUCGUUACUUAAUCCUUAGGCUAACAAGAUCAAAUUGAAAUGUAGAUAAGUGGAUGUUCCCGUUUGUCUUCCUUCUCCCUCAUCUUAUAUACAUACACACACACACACAUACACACACAUACAUACCCCUCCUAGUGUUUUGUCCCGUCUUAUUCUGUCCCCUUCUUCCCUUGUGUCUUUUGUACCGCAUCCAUAUUUUAAAUGGUGUUUCAUACUCCAUUGUUGGUCCAUGUGUCAGAUAAGGUAGAUAUCCAAAUGCUAAAGAAAAUAUCAUGAAAUUGGCCCCCUGUUUUGUGUUCAUGAAAGGGUUUCAGAGUGGGAUUAAUUCGGGUUUUAAUUUUGAUGGUUAGGAUUUUUUUUUUUGUUGCAAAACUGUUCUAUUUUUACCUUUUCAUGUGUCUUUCUAUAGACAAACAGAGGAGCAGGAUUAAAGAAUUCUUUGGAAUAAA